GCAUGGCGGCGGCGGCGGCGGCGGACGGGAAGAAGGGCGGGGUGCUGCAGGGGCGGUACGAGAUGGGCCGUGUGCUGGGCCACGGCAACUUCGGGCGCGUGCACGUCGCCCGGGAUCUGAGGACCGGGCAGAGCGUGGCGGUGAAGGUGGUCGCCAAGGAGAAGGUCGUGCGCGCCGGGAUGGUGGAGCAGAUCAAGCGGGAGAUCGCCGUGAUGAAGCGCGUCUCCCACCCCAACAUCGUCGAGCUCCACGAGGUGAUGGCCACGCGCUCCAAGAUCUACCUGGCGCUCGAGCUCGUCCGCGGCGGCGAGCUCUUCGCCCGGAUCGUGCGGUCCGGGCGCGUCAAGGAGGACGUCGCGCGCCUCUACUUCCGCCAGCUCAUCUCCGCCGUCGACUUCUGCCACGCGCGCGGCGUCUACCACCGCGACCUCAAGCCGGAGAACCUGCUCCUCGACGAGGCGGGGAACCUCAAGGUGGUCGACUUCGGCCUUAGCGCGCUCGCCGACCACGCCCGCGCCGACGGGCUCCUCCACACCCUCUGCGGCACGCCGGGCUACGCCGCGCCGGAGGUGCUCCAAGACAAGGGCUACGACGGCGCCAAGGCCGACCUCUGGUCCUGCGGCGUCAUCCUCUACGUGCUCCUCGCCGGCUCCCUCCCGUUCCAGGACGACAACAUCGUCACCAUGUACACGAAGGUGCAGCGCGGUGACUACCGCUGCCCGCCGUGGCUCUCCACGGACGCGCGCAGGCUCAUCCCCAGGCUGCUCGACCCCAACCCCGCCACCCGCAUCACCGUCGCGGAGCUCGUCGAGAUGCCGUGGUUUAAGAAGACGUCCAUCGCCAGGCCUGUAAGCGUGGAGCCGCCAGUCGAUCCUGCGCGCGCCAAGGAGGCCGGCGACAAGGACGAGCCCGAGACGAUGAAUGCGUUCCACCUGAUAUCACUCUCCGAGGGAUUCGACCUCUCGCCGCUGUUCGAGGGCCGCUCGUCGACCGGGCGGCGGGAGGGCGGCAUGCUGUUCGCGACGCGGGAGCCGGCGAGAGGCGUGGUCUCCCGGCUCGAGGAGGUCGCUGCGCGUGGCGGCGGGCAGAUGCGUGUCACCAAGAGCGGCGCCGGGGGCGUGCGCUUCGAGGGCGCGGGGCGUGGCGGGCCUAAAGGCCGGCUCGCCGUCGCAGCCGAGAUCUUCAGCGUGACUCCUUCUGUUCUCGUGGUCGACGUCAAGAAGGACGGGGGCGACACACUCGAGUACCGCUCCUUCUGCAGCGAGCACCUCCGGCCGGCGCUGCAGGACAUCGUGUGGGCUGCCGAUCCCCCUGCAUCAGUCGCACUCGCUGUCUGA